GGUGAGCUGAACACAGUUGUUGGGAAAAGCGCCGAGUGGAACUGCGCCACAGUCAAAACAUCUCGCAUUGGCAUCAUCUCGCACUUGUUUUUCUUGGUCUCUCAUUUUCGCCCAGUGAAGUUUGUGUGCCUGCCCGAAAUAAGGCUCUGGCAGUGUGGAAGAAGAAAAAUCCCUGUGCAAUUUUCCUCAGUGCGUCUCACUCGCGCGCGCCUCUUGGGAGAAUUUUUACCAUCUUUUGCGUCCGGCGACGGAAAAGUGGCCAGGAAGACGUGAACCGGUCUUGACAGCGCGAGAGGGGAAGUGGGCGAGAGAGAGGGUGAAUUGAGGACAAAGAGGCAAGAUGGUGGUGCAUCCGGAAAACCCCAGAAUCCAUCCCCAAUUUUCCACCUGCCGCAGACUCGAGACUCUUUGUCACAUUGUGUGAAAAAUCCUGCACAUUUUUUCAAUUGAAUUUGUCGAAAUUGUUGUGAAAUUCAGAGUGAAAAAUUUUCGCGAAUUUGAAGAGAAUUUCUGCCCAGACUUUUCCUGGUCAGCAGAAUCAGCCACACACACACGGUGAUUGAAUUUUCCUGGCCCACAAUCCCGAGACAGUGAAGAGUGUGAGGGAAAAUCGGAUGCAGAGAGAAUUCAGUCAGAAUUUCUCUUUCGCUCCCAAAAGUGAAAAGUCGAUAUUUCCACGCCAUCAUCGUUGAAAAUCACAGUGAAAAGUCCACAAGUGUGGGCGGGGGUGAGGAAAUUCCCGGAAAGACACAUGAUAAACAUCGAAUUUGCUUUCGCAUUUUCCUGCAUCGCGGCAAAAUCACCAAAAAACUCUCUGAGUGGAAUUGUAAUUUGUGCGUGUGAUUCAUUCGUUGCCGACAAGAGAGCAAAUCAGUGAAUAAAUAAUUGAUUAGCUUCUUAUCACAGAGUUGGGCAAUAAAGUGAAUAAUCAUUGCUGAAGACACUCGAUUCCCGUGAGAGUGUUGUGCAGAGCAAACAGCCAAGCGUUGUGCAUCUUCUUCGAUGGUGUAAACACAGAGAGACAAACACGAGUUGAGGAAGCGGAAGACAUCACAUCCUGUCCAGGUGUUUGAGCACGCCAAAGAAGUCCCUCCAGAGACAGGUUUUCAGAUGAUGAUGAUGAUGAUCCAACAUUGAGGGACAAUUCACAGCGGCAAUAGUCAUUAUUAAUGUAUUCACAUAAUUAUGAGAGUAUAAAAAUUGUGCUGUAAUUAUUAACUUUAUAUGAAAUAAUACACUGUGCUAGUUGUUUUUUGCAUGACGCUGGAAAAUUGCGCGCGAAACUGACGAAAAAAAAGCAGAAGAAAAUUGUAUUGUGAGAGAGAAAUUGGAGAAAAACAGUGCUAAAACCGUUUCUUUUGUCCCCCCAAAACCGUGAUAUUUUGUACGAAGACGAACCCAAAACACGCGCAUUGCCACCAAAAAAAAAAGGAAAAGGAAUGGGCAAAUAGAGAUUUGGCGAAGAACUAUAGGUGUUAAGGCAAUCAUUUUUGUAACAAGAAGUGUGAUUUGUGAUAUUUCGGACUGAGUCUCUUUAUUCGGUUCUAUCAUUUUCUUCAUUCUCUUCCACCCCGAAAUGAAAAGUGAAUAAGUGAAAUUCUCCGCAUAAUCAGGCAGUGAUAUUUUUGCUAUAUGAUAAAUUGAGUGUCAAAAGUGCUAAAAAAGAAAAGGAAAAGAAACGACAUAAAAUCUUUUUUAAUUAUAGCAGAAGAUUAAUUUUUUUGCGCAUGGAAACAUUGAGGAGAGAGAGAUAAGAUUGCGAGAAUAAUCUGUGCAUAACUUAGAGAAAACAAGUGUAUUUUUUUCCGUGUAACAAAGUUGCGAUUCGCCAAAAUGCUGUCCUACAUGUUGCCAGUGGAGGAGAAGUCUCCGUCACCGCGAAAUCUCAACUUGAGCCUCAAUCUCAAUCGCAAUGGCGCCAACCAGCAGAUCAUCGACGAGACGUCCAAGCUGUUGGCCAGCGAGAGCACCGAUCAUCGCGAGAUCAACGGCGAUCACAGCCUGAUCAAGGAGGACUCCUUCGAUUCCGACGCAUCCUCGAAGAAGAUCAAGAUGGGAAAGCUGACAACGACUAAGAACGUCCCCCUAAAGAGAGUCUCUUUUGGCUCAUCAAAGGGAUCCAUGGUGGAGACUCUCGUCUUUGAGACACCCACACCACUUCCCGAGCAUGCAGAACGCGAGUUUGACUUCGCUGCCGCUUCCAGCGACAAGACGCCAACCAACCCGGCCAAUGGACUCGAUGACAGUGGAAUUGAGCUGCAAGAAGAGCUCGAGCGGUCCAAGGUGCGAGUGUCGUUUUUCCAGUGCAGUCAACCACAGCAAGUGAGCCCUCCUGAGAAUCACAUUGGGUGCUUCUUCAGCGACAACAACAACUCCAUUGUGACUGAUUUCAGCCUUCUGGACGCCGGUGGACAGGACAAAAUGACAGCCGCCGUGGCACAACCGUCCUAUGACAGGCAAAAUAGCACUGAAUCCGGAUGGGAUAAUCCGUUUAGGCCUGGAGGUGACCUUUCCCGUGAAGCCGAUGAAAUUGUCAACAUGAUAAAGGGUGGGAAGCCCAUCACACCGACCGGCGAUCUCAACCAGACAAUCGCCAAUGGCGUGGCUCACGGGGUGGAGAACGGGGCGAACGUGGUCGAUGGCGUGACAAAGAGUGAAGUUUCACAACUCAAUGCAUCACAGAAUGGUACAAAAUCACCUCAGAAGUCAAAGGACAAGCCAUCGACGAACGGCGACGCCACGAACGUGACGCAGACGCAAGUUGUGCCAGGACCGCAAUCCGCCAGUCACGUGGUGAUCGAGGACAAGAAGAAGAAGAAGUGUACUUGCUGUGUGAUCCAAUAAUAUGAUAUGAGAGAGAAGCAGUUUCUACCUUUUUAGUUUAGUUAUGAUUUUUUUUUCUUGAAGAAAGAGCGAUUUUACACGACUUGGCAGGAUUUUUUUCUGUUCUCUCUCCACAUCAAAAGAAAAAACACACACCGAGAAGGAUUUUUUAAGGUCUUUUUUUUUGUUAAACUAUAUAUAUUUUUUAUCAGUGUAGAAUCUUUUUAUUUAUGACACACAAACAGAAUGAUUAUAAAUAGAGCGAAAUGCAAGAUGACGAUGAAGAGAGCGAGAGAGAGAGAGAAGGAAUAGUGAAUAAUUGUAAUUUAGGAUGAAGAGAAAAAAUAUCUUAUAUACUCGAAGGAAAAUAUUAAAGAGAAAAACAAGUAUAGAAAUUUUCUAAUCAGUUUUCUCCUUCCCCUUUUUUAUACUACUUAAAAAAAAAAAAUGAAGAAAAACAAAGAGACGUGAAGAAGAAUUAUAAUGAAAAACAAGAUGAUGUGAAUGCAGUUUAGGAAUAAUUCGUGUUUUUUCGACAUUACCAAAGGCGACAGUAAGAAUUUUAAAUGAAAAACAUAAAGAAAAAAAAAACUAGAACCCACAAAAAGGCCACGAAUAUGUAGAUGGAAAAUCUUGUUUUCUUUUUCUAAUCUCUAACUGAAAACUCUUUGUCUAUCUCUAUGCAAUUUUUUGCCAUAAAAAACGAAUCACAGUAAGAGAGAAAAAAAAAAGUUGAAACCACAAAAUCUCUGAUCAAUCUUAGUAUUUUCUUAGAAGACAAGGUUAAAGAAAACUGUUAAUUCUUACUUCAAAAAAAGAAAACCGGAGAAUAUCACACACAAAAAAAAGAACCACCUGAGAAAAUAUUACCAAUUAUAUUUAAAGAAAAGAAUCAACACAAUUGUAAUUCUUGUAAGAAUCUGCUAAAGACCGAAACAUUUAACCCGAAUCCCAAAUAUUUCCUUCCUAUAUUUUAUAUUCUUGUUAUUUAUCAAAAUGGAAAAUAACAAUUAAAACAUUAAUGCAGAUGAAAAGAACAUCACAAAACCCACUCUGAACUGACCACAAAAAGGAAAUUCAUCAAAAUUCUAAGUCAUGCGAAAGGCAAAAGAAGCGUUCAGAAUAUAGUGACAACUAUUUAUAAGCUAUUAAAUAGUAUAAAAAAAAAAUUAUUAUUGUUUGCAAAUGCAAGAUGAAAAAAAAACACUACUAAAAAAAAUCCAUCUCUUAAAUGGGCGUCUGAUGAAACUCUAGCGAAAUAAAGUCUAAUUUAAAAUUAAUGAGACAUGAAUUCUCUUGUCAAUAAAUUAAAGAAAACAAAACACUAUUAAUUGAUCAUAAGAGAUGAGGAAGAAAAUGCAUAGAAUUUAAAUAAUUUGCGAGUGAUUUUUUAUAUGAUGAAAAAAGAAAGAAACAGAAACUGAAAAGAAUGGAAAGAAACCUUAUUUUUAAA